AUGGGUAGUUCUGAAAUACAAGUAUUGGAUGAUGCAAUAAGACAAUCUGUUCAAACUAUCAGGUCUGCAUCAUCACUUGCUGCCCAAGACAUACCCUUCAGCAGGACUCUUUCUCAAGAUUUAUCACAGCACUUAGAUUUCACAUCGGAUCGGCUUAAGAGAUUGGCAGACGAAAUGCUCCAGCUUGUUUCUAGCAGUGAAAGGAAACCUAACAGUUCAGAAAGCCUGGUUUUCAGAAAGGAUUGGAAGGGGUACUCCAAUAAACUAGACAAUAUUUUUGAAGUGGUAGAGCACAUGUUUGAUCGCCUCAACACCCAGGAUCCAACUAUUGAGGCUAAAGAAAACAUGCUUCACUUGGAUAGUGAAGUGCAUGAUAUGGAAGCCGCAAAUGCACUUGCAAGAUCUCGCAUCAUCAAACCUCAGCAAUUCUUCAAAACCAAAAUUGAUAACUCGGAGCUGGCGCCUUUCAAACCGAAAUUGACCAGUAAACCUCAUGCCUUAAAAUCGUUCGAAGAAUCAUGCAACCUAAGAAGCGGAGCUGAUACGGAAUUCGGCAAGGAUCCAGAUUAUUUCCCGCAUCCUUAUGAGUACGAGAUAGACACCCUUGAAUAUCCAGAACUGGUGCUUGAGAUCCUGGAGCCUAAAAAACCCAAGGAUUGGACGUCUACGAGCGCUAUUUGGGUGGAGACCGAGAGUGAUUUGAGUCAAAUGGUCUCUGAUCUCUCGUCCCAGACAGAAAUAGCUGUAGAUCUUGAGCACCACGACUACCGGUCAUAUUUGGGGAUCGUCUGCCUAAUGCAAAUAUCCAGCCGCGAGAAGGACUGGAUCAUCGAUACCUUGAAGCUACGCGACAGCUUAGUCGUACUUAAUGAGAUUUUUGCAAAUCCAAACAUUGUCAAAGUAUUUCAUGGCGCGUUCAUGGAUAUUAUUUGGUUACAACGGGACUUGGGCCUCUACGUUGUAUCCCUAUUUGAUACUUACCAUGCCUCUAAAAAGCUAGGGCUCCCCCGAUUUUCUUUGGCAUAUUUGUUGGAAAACUAUGCGAAUUUCAAAACGUCCAAGAAGUAUCAAUUAGCAGACUGGAGAAUGCGGCCCCUUCUGGGACCCAUGCUUUCAUACGCAAGAUCAGACACACACUUUCUUCUUUACGUUUAUGACCAAUUAAGAAACCAAUUGUUAUCGAGUGGAAGCCAAAAGAUGAAAGAGGUUCUUCAUGAAUCGAGACAAGUUGCAAAGAGGAGAUUCGAAUUCACAAGAUUCCGGCCAACUCUGGUUUCUGGAUCAAAAGUCUCCUGUCCUAUAAUGGCACCAAAUGCAAAGGAACCGUAUAGUUCCAUCAUGAACCAGUUCAACCUUCCUAAUCACACGCGGCCAAUCGUCGAAGCAUUAUACUUAUGGAGGGACGCUAAAGCUAAAGAAUGUGAUGAGCUGGUUAGAUACGUUAUGCCUAACCAAUUGCUCGUGAACUUCUCGCUAUUAGCUCUUCCGGUAGAUAAAGAAACGAUUUUGAGGAACCCAUACAUAACGGAUCAGGUGCGAAACAGUGUUGAUGAACUCGUCACGCUAUUAAAUUCUGUCAUGCAGCAAGUAUCCGAUUCAGACUGGGCGCUCGUUGACAAUUGGCACGGAAGCCCAGAGGGGGGAAAGCUUUCAUCAGAAGAAUCCCUAAGUGCACAGAAAAUUGCUUCAAUCUUUGAGACAGCUGUAACCGAGCACACGAAAGCUCUUCAAAAAGCAUUUGAAUUUGCCGAAGGCUCUCAGUUGUUGGGAAGAGAAGAUAUAGGCAGUGUGUGUGCCAUCAGCUUCGACCUUAGCAAUAGGCAGCCAAUUUAUCACCUUGAUGAUGAGUUUCGCGAAAGAACUAAAAAGUUGGAAAGCAACUUGACGAAUUUUUCUUCACCUACACCGGAAUCUACAACCUUACAAAGCGAACAAGACCACAUUCAAAAUGAUCACUUGGAGAAGGCCGAAGUAAAGAGCAUAGUUGCACCCAAAAAGUUGCUUGAUAAUGACGACGAAAUCAUAUCCUUGCGAAAGCGUAAUCCAAACCGAAAUGUCGAAGCAAGGAACAUUGCUCAAGAUGACGUUCUUCACUACUCAGAUUCCACUAUCUUGGGACAAGCGAAAGCAGCAACAAAGAAAGAUAAGAAAACGAAGAGAUCGUUCGACCCUAAUUCUGUAGAUGAUGAUGGACCCCAGCCAGCCAAAAGGUUAAGAAGAAUGAAUCCAGGCAAAUCUUUGACAUUCUCUUCACAUAAAAAGAGAUAG